CGCUAUCGGCCUAUGCAAUGUGUCGAAUUGAGCACUAUCAAUGACAUUGCCACUAGCAACGGAAUACGUUUUCUCAAUAGCUGUCUUACUACUUAAGGCGGUACUUGUCCCGCGUUAGCAGAUCAACGGCCUGGUCGCUAACAAAACUCUCUCUCUCUCUUUCCUUUUUCUCUUGAAUUGACUACGUAGAAUCGCGUCCUUCCGCUUAGUCCUCAUACCAUUAACAGACGUUUUGUUAUCCAGCUGUUGCUGCUAAAAGUUUGUUGAUCUUGUUUUUGCCUUUUUGGUUCUCUGUGACAACGUUUGACUGAGUUUGAGUUGAACUUCAUUACUAAUAAUUCCCGACUGUUUUAAAGAAACUCGUUUUUGAAACGAUAUUUACUCUUUUUCUUUUUCAACUCUUUUUUGUGUGUCAAUAUGCUUCCUGGUUUUUUUCGUCAUCUUUUGGUUCUCGUUUUAGCAUUGCAAGCAAGCGCCUCUGCUAGUUUCAGGGUUGACCAAGAGAGCAAGGUUAAGUGUGCUGAUCAAUCCGCUUCAGAGGACUCCUUGGCUUCUAUUCAAGUCGACAUCACUGGCCUUAUGCGUUCUGACUAUGCCGUCAUUGUUUACAAAAACACGUCUGAAAGCCCCGUUAAAUACAACUCUGACGUUAAUUACGGUACUUACCAGGUGACGGAGAAUGCAGACAAGGUUCUCUUGAACCAGGUGUAUGACCCCCUUGACAACAUCAGUAUUCGUGGAUGGACUGUUCCUGUCUCUAGUUCCGGUCAAUACUGUAUUGGUACUCGUAACACGAAGCAAUCCGACCGGAAGUACUACAUUGAUGUCACUAUCAACGACAACUCUACCGUCAACGAGACGACCAUUAACUAUAUGAGUGCAGCAAGUGGCAUGCGUCCCUCUGUCUUCAUCGCAUUGGCUGUUGCUUUGUUCUCUGUGGUCGCCGUCCAAUGCUAGACAAAAGCCUUUUUUCGUCGACUCACCGCAUCAUUUUCCCGUACGAACAAGCUAUGGACAAUACACAUGCAAUCCCUCGCUGCUCCUGUUUGCACUGUUCAAAAAGCCUUCUAACCUUCUAUUCCCUUAAUAAUAGUCCUUCCCAACCCAACACUUUAUGCAGCUAGACAGAUAGUAAAGCAAUUUUGUUAGUAGAAGAGGCG